AUGAGAUGCAAGAACAAUGCCUCUAUUAAACGCGAACGAAACGAUGACCACAUCCCGAACAUCGACGGCGAAGGAUGCUACAUGAAAGAGUUGCCGGCACCCCCGGAAACGCAUCCCAGCAUCCGGUGGUCGGCAUGUUUGAGCCCGAACGAGCGCGUUUUCUAUCACCAAACGCUGAGUUCGGCCAGGCGUGCAGCCAGAUUUGUUACGAUGGGACCCAUACCACGCGACUCCCUGGACAUCAAUCUGGCAUCGCAGUACAACCACGCGGAUGAACUGUUCAAGGGCAAGAAUGACGUUGUCCUACAGGAGGAAACCGUUGGACAGUGUACUUUCCGGCGGCUACGCAACACCCGGGAUCUUAGCCCGGAGAAAAUCAUUCCGCUGAAGCACCCGCUGCAGAUCGGUGGACUACAAGAGAAGGCAUCGCCGAAUACAGUCAAACUGAUGAACACAGGACCUCACACACCGCUGACCAAUCCGGGCUACUCGCGCCAAUCAGGAGAUGGCAAUUUUUUCAACUAUUAACCUUGUUCCGGAAGGUCGAACAAGAAUUUCGGAUCUAGAGAACGGGGGAUACAAAUUUGUUGCAACCACGAUGUUGAAAGCAUCGAAUUACCAAUUUAUUUCGCAGAUUUUUGUAUUUAUUCAUACAAUUGAAUAUUUCUUGGGAUAGUGCAUGAAUUGUAGCUUAAAAUUUAAAUUCUUCAUUGAAGUAAAAUUAAAUGUAUGUCCAUUAUAUUAUGUCAGAAUAAAUCUCCAGUUCUAAUUAAGUCGAA